GGUGGCUCAGUUAUUACAUUCUUUUCCUUCUCAUUUCAGGCUCCCCGGCUUGCUGAAACCUACUGCGUGUGCCACUUGGCAACGGGAGACAUGCUGAGGGCCAUGGUGGCCACUGGAUCAGAGCUUGGAAAGCGGCUGAAAGCAACAAUGGAUGCUGGGAAGUUGGUGAGUGACGAAAUGGUGGUGGAGCUGAUUGAGAACAACCUGGAGACCCCUCCCUGCAAAAAUGGCUUCCUUCUGGAUGGGUUCCCCCGCACUGUGCGCCAAGCGGAGAUGCUGGAUGAACUCAUGGAUAAAAGAAAAGAGAAGCUAGAUUCUGUUAUUGAAUUCAGUGUCCCUGACUCCUUGCUGAUCCGAAGAAUUACUGGAAGGCUGAUCCACCCAGCAAGCGGUCGUUCAUACCACGAGGAGUUCAACCCUCCAAAGGUUGCCAUGAAAGAUGAUGUGACUGGGGAGCCCUUGAUCCGCCGUUCAGAUGACAACGAAACUGCCUUGAAAACUCGCCUGAAGUCAUAUCACACCCAGACAACACCUCUGGUUGGCUACUACUCCCGGCGUGGAAUCCACACAGCCAUUGAUGCUUCCCAGUCCCCUGAUGUGGUUUUUGCCAGCAUCUUGGCUGCUUUCUCAAAAGCAACAUGUAAAGACCUCGUCAUGUUCAUUUAGGACUCUUCUCCUGUCUGAUCCGUCCUUCUUUCCUUCUUUCCUGUCUUCUGGGAUCAGAGAGAGAGGUAAAGAGACAGAGAGAGAUAUUGGAUGUGCAUUAGGAGCAGGGUUCAGAAUAGCCAGGUAGGACGGGCUGUUCAAACUGUCCAUUAAACCGAAUGUGACUCUUUCUGAUUUGUUCGUAUAUAUGUUUUUCCACUGGCCUGUGCCUGCAGCUGGCCGGCAGGGGGUGCAGCAGACUUAGGCUUGGCUCUCCUGAGUUUGAGAAGAGGAUUACAAAAUCGAAAGUGUUUUGCUGCUGCUGAUAAUUUGAGAGACAUGGUUAUAAUCAGGAAAAAAAAACCCACUGGUGCUGUUUGUGUGGUUACGCCUACGUGACUGUCAUCCUGGCGCACAAUGCUCUUUAAAGGCCACGUAGGAAAAAGGUGUUUGGCUGGCAGCCUCCUUUCCUGAGUCCCUGGCUCUUCUGUUGUGGCAGGAAAUCAGGUGGCAUGUCAGCAAAGAGAGAAUGUACAAAAGCACAGCUGUCCAAAGGUAAAGACACCUAAAUGUCUUUAUGGACAUCCUGUUUUGAUUGAGCCAGGACACAGUUCCUUACUGGAGGAGUCUCUGUUUAUAUCACCACAGUAGCCCGAUGUGAACUGCCUAGGCCUUGGCAGCCAACACAGAAUUCAUAAUCUUUUCUUUCGUUAGCUCUGUUUUCCCCCUGAAUCAGUGGGGCAGUGAAUCCAUUCCAUCUUUUGGCCCAGAUUGUAAAAACUAUCCUUUCUCCUAAUUAAAGUUCAGAUUAAGUCUUAUGAGAACUAAUUUUCAAUCCUUCUAAGAGCAGAAAGGUUGCAGGAAUUGGGGAAUACCACAGCCGUUGCCCUAUGUCCUCUUGGCAGCCUUGGGAAUUUUGCUGCCAAAAACCCCCACAAUCCAAUGGGAACCUGACACUUACCAUGAACUCUUGAUCCUGGUGCAUUUUCGAACCCAAGUCCUUGAGACGUACUUAAAUUGGUUCAAUCCAAACAGUGGAGGAAAAGAGAGAAGCUCCUGUUCAUGCCUGCUAUCGAAGAGGCUCCACUUUCCACGAAUAUUAAUUCAUGCUGCCAGGAAUACUGUGCUUCGUGGACAUGAUUCAGGCACAAAUUCUUCCAGCCACAGAUGGGCUUGCUCCAGGGUCGCUACCCUCGAAUGUUUAGCUGACUCGCUAGAUUAGAGCUAGAAAGCACAGGAUGUCCUUGGCAGAGGGAGGAGGACAGGGAGGGACCAUACUAUCUGUCCAUUAACCUGUGUCCUUUCCUCUUCUGUCCGUUGACCUGUCUUCCUUCCUCUUCUCUUUCAUUCUUUAAAUACCUUUUUUUUUGCGUCUGGAUGAUUUUUCUGAAAGAACCAUGCUCUUCAUUUGAGAGAGGCUUAAAUAAGCUGGGAGUGGAUCGUGCUGGGCAAGAGCACUUAGCCUAUGACGUGGUCUGGAAAGAUGAUAGAGUAUGUUCCCUUUUAGCAACAAAACAAGUACGCCCUUGAAGUUGAGAAUGCUGGCUGGCUUGAAGUGGCAGCUGUUAGAGAAAACUACCCUAAAAUAAAGCAGAGCAUCCAAAAACAAACAGGAUGCCAAAGUUGAGCAUCAGCUCAUUAGUGAGCAAAGUGUGAAGGUGCCAUGUAAAGAAUUAAGAGCUUAGGAGGCAAACAUGCAGAGUCUAAUCUUAAAAAUCACAAAAGGUUUAUUUACAAUAAUAAGAAAUAUCUGCAUUUCUUAAUAAUAAAGAACUGGGUCUGAGCUACUCUAACAACCAUCUCCUUUAAGGUUUCAAGAGAGGGGGAAAAACUCAAUCACUACAUCUCCCCAGACACACAAGCAGAGAGAGAUCUCAAAGCACACAGCACAUACUCUCUAUACUAAAGUGUAAGAAGGCAGAUUCAAAGAGGCUUGCAGUAGAAAAGUAUCCAUUUUAGACAACCAAUCAGAAUGAGAGCUGAAACAGAGUGAGAGAACAAAAUACAGUAGAGUCUCGCUUAUCCAACCUUCACUCAGCCAACGUUCUGUAUUAUCCAACGCAGUCUGCCUCCCACCCGGAUCCACAGCUGUUUCAAUACAUUGUGAUGUUUUGGUGCUAAAUUUGUAAAUACAGUAAUUACUGCAUAACAUUAAUGUGUAUUGAACUGCUUUUUUAUCGAUUUGUUGUAAAGCAUGAUGUUUUGGUGCUUAAUGUGUAAAAUCAUACCAUAAUUUGGCAUUUAAUAGGCUUUUCCUUAAUUCCUCCUUAUUAUCCAACAUUUUUGCUUAUUCAACGUUCUUCUGGCCCAUUUAUGUAGGAUAAGUGAGACUCUACUGUAAAUACAUUCCCAGUUGUCAUACAGGAGACAAGGGUGAAGGGAAACCCUUACUCUAUACCAGGGGUCCUCAAACUUUUUAAACAGAGGGUCAGGUCACAGUCCCUCAAACUGUUGGAGGGGCGGAUGAUAAUUUGAAAAAAAACAUGAAUGGAUUCCUAUGCACACUGCACAUAUCUUAUUUGUAGUGCAAAAAAACACUUUAAAACAAUGCAAUAAUUAAAAUGAAGAACAAUUUUUACAAAUAUAAACUUAUUAGUAUUUCAAUGGGAAGUGUUGGCCUGCUUUUGGCUGAUGAGAUAGGAUUGUUGUUGUGUGCUUUCAAGUAGUUUCAGACUUAGGUUGACCCUGAGUGAGGGCCAGGUAAAUGACCUUGGAGGGCCGUAUCUGGCCCCCGGGCCUUAGUUUGAAGACCCCUGCUCUAUACUAAACUAACUGCUCCUCAUUGAGGACUUAAGACUUGAGCACUGUGGGUUUGAAUUCCAACAGUGGUUGUGUCUUGCAGUAUGGAAGCCAAUAUUUAUCUGUCUCACACACACUCACACACUUCCCAUCCCAUUUUUUUAUGUUUUGCAGGAAAAAAUGUUCUGUUUUUUGGUUCAAGUGCACUUCUCUUUUCUGCAGAAAACACUUCUAUGUACAGUAACCAUUUUUUGCUGAGCAGAAUACAAAAUUAUUCUAUGCUUUUCAAAGCUUUGAGAUGGGUAACAAGAUUCAGACAUUGGGAGUGGCUAUGAGCUACCCUUUUUCUUUUGCAACCAACCUGCUCUGCUUGUUCUUGCCUUAAUCUCUCCUGAGGAAUCUUGACAGAGAAUUCUGUGGUGCUUCUGGAGAUUGCGUGCCUCCAAAAGAGACGAGACAUGACGAGUGUUUCUUUUGUCGUCAUCUCUGAGACAGAGCCGUCUUGUUAGCUAGGAUUAGGGGCUCUCCCCGUGAGCAUAAGCUGCUUUGGGAAUCUUUGGCAGUCUGGCUAAAGAAGGCCUCUAAGAGGGCGGGGGGCUGGUAAUUUCCUAGCAAACUCUGGAGAAGUGGCCAUUCAAUAAAAAAUGUGAGAACCACCUUGUUUGGUCAAGCCAAUGUCUGCUUAGCUGAGCUAUAACGAGUUCCUCCCUCCAUUAGGCAUCAUUCCUCUUGCUCUCAUUUAGCAUGUUAUAUUGGAAGAGUGGGUUGUAAGUGGCCCCUGGGACUAUUUUUGUGGCCUUUGAUCUCUCCAUCACACGCUUAUAAGGUUAUAAUUGCCCUUUAACGACCAUUGUUUCAUCUUAUGAAAUAUCUGGGACUUGCCUCUUAAGGAAGUGUAGCAAGAAGAAUCAGACCCCUUCUACACUGCCAUAUAAUCCAGAUUAUCAAAACAUCUGCUCUGAAGUGGAUUAUACAAGUGUACUUUGCCAUAUGGAGCCCCCGGUGGCACAGCGGGUUAAACCGCAGAGCUGUUGAACUUGCUGGCUAAAAAGUCAGGGGUUCCAAUCCGGAGAGCGGGGUGAGCUCCCGCUGUCAGCCCCAGCUUCUGCCAGCCUAGCAGUUCAAAAACAUGCAAAUUAGUAGAUUAAUAGGUACCACUCUGGCGGGAAGGUAACAGCGCUCCGUGCAGUCAUGCCAGCUCUUUGGCUUAGAAAUGGAGAUGAGCAGCACCCCCAGAGUCAAACACUGACUAUACUUAAUGUCAAGGGAGAACCUUUACCUUUACUUUACACUGCCAUAUAAUCCAGGUCAAAGCAGAUAAUCUGGAUUUUAUGUGGUAGUGCAGAAGGAGCCUCAGCUGCAGAGCUCUAGUGCCUCAAACAUCUCAGGAUGCUAUAGGAAGUUAUGAUGGCAGUUAAAGUGGAAUCACAGUGCUGUAAUUUUGUAAGAUGAAACCUCUGCUCCCUCCUCUCCUCCUCCAUAUUGUUUGGUAGUCUUUGUGGCCCUCCCUGGGCAGAAAAUUGGCUCCUGUGCUUGCCCACCCCUACUUUAAAUAAAGAACUGCAGCUUUUCCCUUUUGCUCCUCA